AUGGAUGAAAAGACCCUCAAAUUAGAGCUGACAUCUUCCACUUCCUCUCCUCUCUCCCCUUCUCACUCUCCCAUGCAGUGUAACAAUGAUUGCUGCUCGGCCACCUUCCCUCUGUCUGAGGAGUUCCUUGGUGCACGUCAGCCCUGGAGCCGGCUCUGCCCCAUGGGCUGUGGUGCUCUGCUCACACAGGCCACCCAGACCCAACACAACUGCUUCAGGCGGCUGAAGCAGCAGGUGGAGUACCAGAGGCAGAACCACAGAGCCAUCGCUAGUGCCCCCCGAAGGAAGAUGAGGAGAAUGCAGACCACCAUGACACAAGUCAGGAGGCAGGUGGCACUCAUCUGUGAGAGUCUAGAGGUCAUGGGAGAGGCAGAGGAGGGACAGGUGGGUGAGGGAGAGGAAUAUGGAGGGGGGGAAUCUGUGAAUCUAGAGGUCAUGGGAGAGGCAGAGGAGGGACAGGAGGGUGAGGGAGAGGCAUAUGGAGAGGGAGAGGGGGAAUCUGUGAGUCUAGAGGUCAUGGGAGAGACUGCAGAUGUAUUCUGA